UGUUGCCACCUCUCAUACAUUGCUUCGCGAACGAUACGAAGGAAGAAAGAACCUCGUUGCCACGUCUGCUACACUGCCAGCCUGCUCGACAGCUCGCUAGCUCAACGACGUCUAUCCUCUCACCUCACUGGACCAAAAGAAGAUAUGGAUGCAAACGAGAGGGAAAAGCCGCUUGUGAAAGACUUAAACGAACAUAUCAUAUGUCCCCUGUGUAGAGGCUACUUCGUAGACGCAACGACCCUCGUUGAGUGUCUACAUUCUUUUUGCAGAGGCUGUAUAGUGAGACGACUGAGUAACGGAGUUAGAGCUUGCCCUGUCUGCAAUGUACCCACCUUACCUCCACUCUUCCCCGAUGAAAGGUUACAACGAUUAGUAUACCUCAUUGUUCCUGGCUUAUUUCGAUCAGAAUUAGAGAGGAGACGUCAUUUUCGAAUCGUGAAUCCUCAAUGUAUGCCAUUAGUACCGCCGGUAGGUGCACCAGAAUUAACCUUCGACGACUUAGUGAGCUUGAGUCUCUCCGAGAUUGGGAAAAGCGACUCAACAGAAGAUAACAUACAAUCCAUAAAGGGAAAGCAAGAAGCAAACAGCGAUUCCUUAAAAGAUAAGGGUCUGUUUGGAAUAACAGGAAAAACCAGAUAUUUGAAAUGUCCAGCUGGUGUCACGGUGAGACAUCUCCAGAGACUACUAAUGCUGAAGAGGGGAUGGGAUGACGCAGAUGGAAAUGCUUCCGCCCCAAAUCGGAUAGAGAUGAUGUACGAGGUCGAUGAAAGCGAGACGGAGAGUCGGUUGCAAGUACUCGAAACUUCCUGGACCUUAUUGGACCUUGCUUGCAUCUUCGAGUGGAAAAAUGAAUCUCCCAUGAAGCUGUACUAUCGGGUUGUGCCGAAGGAAGAGUUGGAACCCUCACAGAUAGCCACUUCUUGUGGGGAAGAAGCCCGUAAUGAGGAGUCGACCGAAGUGAUAGAGAACAUACAGCGGCCGCCUACUCCGCCGCCUAGUCCAAAGCCAAUCUCGCAUACCGACGCGUCCCUCCCAUUGGAGAAAGGUCGACCGCAUGCUUCGACGAACGUCGAGUAUGGAAAGGAGCCAGAGGUGAAAAAGCCUCGCUGUGAAGUUACGCCGGUGAUGAGGGCACCUGAUCCGCCAGGGAACAACCAUGUUUCGCCGGACAACACCGCCAAGCCGGGCAAGGUCGUCAAGGUAGAACACCAUAAACGGAGGAAACGAAGAAAUAAACGCGUAAUAGCAGAGAUCACUACCAUGCCAAGGGAAGAUUUGCUGAAGCUGAAGGUCAGAUUAACGCCCUGUCCACCCCGCAUCACGUCCAGCACGAAUAACCAAACCAAAGAGAAGCUUCUGAAAAUGAGAGCCGUAAGAAGAGAGAAGAUAAAGACCAAUUCGAGUCAACAGCGAAAAAAAUCACCUCGCGAAGAGAGUUCCUCUGAGAGCGUGGAUCCUCCGACAGCAGAGGAGUCUAUCGAAGACAUAAUAGAUGGUAUACCAGACGAGAUUGUAAAGAUAGCACAGAAUAUCAAUUCUCAGACAAAAAGCCAACCAGAAUCAGAAAAGGCUGAUGCGCCGAAUAAAGAACCAACCGAAGAAGAUAAACCUAAGGAUGAGGAAGUUCUCCGACGACUUGGCCUCGUGGCAAUUAAAGAAGCGAACAAGGCACUCCAGGGCAGAAUGAAGAAUACGCAAAGCAACACCGAAAAUGAAGAUUCUCUCAAUCGAGAAAAACUUGAACAACAAUUGAGGGAGAGUAAGGCCAACAGAGUGAGGAGUCUUCUAGCUGAAAAGCAGAUGCGCGACGCCUUAAAGAGUAUGAUGUCAAAUUCCAAAGACAAAGCGAACACGCCAACCGUUGCGAAUAAUAGCAAACGGAAGGGUCCUCCCCCACUCGCCCCUUUAAGGACUACAAAGAGAAAUAAUGUAUCCUUUUCAUCCAAUUCGUUCCCGCAAAAGUGCGAAACACCCUUAGAUUUGAGCAGUAGUGGUGGAGUGAAAAUUGGAAAUAUUUUGGAUCUGUCGUCAAGUCCGGGAAGCAGUAAGACGAAAAGCAAGGCCAGUAACGAUUCUCGGGUUAGUGCGACUACAAUUGCAACCAAGUCCAAGGACGAACGGAAGUCGCAGGACUUAAACCUGCGAACCCUAUCCGAUGCCGCGGUUUCCUUGCUGAGCGAUUCCAGUGAGUCGUCGAAGUCAGCAACCUCAAACACCAUCAUCACUGGUACAAUGAACGUCGGCAGCAAAGUUUCCUUACGGAUACCCCAACCGCAUCAGAGGAUCACCGGAUUCGGUAUGAAAAUCAAACCAAAUUUAGGUGUAAGACAUAUACCAAAUCCACAGGCCGUGGUCGCGUCCCAAUAUAGAAAUCAAAGAGCGGGAUUUUUCAAUGUUGCAAAUAAUCCUCCUUAAGAUUCUCUCUAGGAGAAACAAUUGGUGUUUUUGUUUCGCCAAAUUUUGAUCAAUCUACAGUAAUAAUACUAUUCCAUUAGUUGAUGUAGCUACUAAGCUCAUUAUUAUAAAAAUGUAAGUGCAGUUACAUCAUCUAAUAGAAUGGUUAAGGUGACUAAAAAAAUUAGCAGCAGCAUAAUUCACUAGCACGAUAGUUAAGUCAACUAUUUUUCCGAGUACAGUAUCAUCCUGAGCGAAGUAGAUCAUUUGUAAAAUAUGGUUUUCAAUUCAUUAUGCCUACAUUAACAUUCCUGUUUAUCGCAUAACAUCCUCAUCCAUAUAUUAGUAUAUUGUGAUACAAGUACGGAAAGUAGAGAGUUCCAUACGAGUGUGAAGUUUACUGUAUCACAGAAAGCCACAAGCGAUUCGAUUAACCGGAAAUGACCCGAUGAUUAGCCGGUGGGAAGUACUGUAAACUUCGCAAGAGUUACAACUAUCUACUUUCAGUACCUGUUGCAGACGAUAUUUUUUGUAACAAAUGCAGGGAAUUUUCGAUUUAAGAAACAAAAAAAAACCCCUUUGUCGGAAAUUUUGAGUAAAAUUAACAAAAAUAUUAUGUAUCAUAUUAUAUUAUUAAUUGGAAUAUCAGAAAUUACGAGAAGUUUUGGCCAUUUUCGGUAAAUUUAUAAAUUAUCGAAAAUUUCUGGAAGGUAUACAAAGCUUUUCACUAUUCACUAUUUCACUAUUUACUGCUCACACUCAGCCUGGCAAGUGUCAUCUUGCUCAAAGAGCGCAAGCGUAGCAGCUAGAAAAAGUAUUUUUAUAACUGCUUUUGACCAUGGUUUCGAAAUUAGUCACUUUUGGCAUGUUAAAAAAGUGCCUCGAAAAGUCAACAUUCCAUGCAUGCGUUACAGAAACUAAUUUAUUCCAAUCCACUUUAUCCAUUUCAGCAUUCCCAAACACCCCUAUAUCUGUAUCGAUGUUUAUCGCAGUCAUCGUUCCCCAUUCAAGUUCCUCUAGUGACUAUCUCUCUCUUUAAAUCUCUCUCCCUCGGUCUUUCUCGUUUCCCCAUUCCUUUCCUUUUCUUCUCACUCCCUUUCGUCUAAAGUCGUUCAUCCCUCCUUUUUUGUCCCCAUGCCAAUUCAUCGCAAUUUCCUCCAAUUAUUCAUGUCCAUAUUUCUCUACACCUUCGUUGCUGUUUUUUUUUGUAUCCGUGUACCUUCCAAUUAGAAAGUGGCUUUUAAUUAAAAUCACAUGGAAAAUGAGUAUCAUCUUAAAAUAACUUCGGUCAGAUAUCAGAUUAUACUUUACAAAAAGUACCUAUAGUGCUGUAGGAGAUCAAGAUGCAUUAGAAAGAUGCUAUAGUAAAAUUUAAUUAUAGAUUCUUUGCUCUAGAUAUCCUUUUUAUUAAGUGUAUCGCGUUGUAGUAGCUCGAAUGAAAAUUAUAUAAAUAAUCUUUAGAAAAAAGUGUGGCUUUCACAUAUUAAUUUCCUUAAUUUUGGGUUUGGCUAGACAAAAUGAAAAAUUUUCAACAGUACUUUCCUUUCUUGAAUGAGACGAAAGAAAUGUUCAAAAUGUGGCGUUUCAAUAAUAAAUAUAUUUGGCUGUAUGAGAUCCGAGUAAAAUCUACUCACAAUUGGUACACUUUGUUUGAAUAAGCACCGAGAAAAAAAUCAGUAUUCCUCUCAAUAAAUCCGGUCCCUCGAGCGAAAACCUUUGUGACUCCAUUUGAAUGAAAUGUAUUGCCACGAAAGCAAUUAACAGGCUUUAAAAUUCUCCCUCUUUAUAAAAGAAACGUAUAAACGAAUAUAAUAUUAAACAUUUCUAAAAUCAACUUCGCGUAAAUUCUUAAUUUAUUUUUUAAGUAUGUAUUGGCACUAGAUAUUUAUAAACUUUGAAUUAUCAUUAGUAGCUUGUUUUCAUAAUAUUUUUAGGUGUAAAUUGCGUUGUGGAUUGAUUGUGGGGUCGCAAGGUUUUACAUUUGAGAGGACUGCACGAUUUGAAACGUGAAGGCGAAGCGAUAUGGUUAUCAGCAAGAAAAUGCUAAGUAGCCACAUAAGUAGAUGGAACGACUUCUAGUAUUGGAGAGAAUCAGAGGAAUGAUUCCUAUUUAUAUAAACGUUGUAAUGAUAUAAUAAAAUAUUAAGGCAGAUGUGUAAUCCUCUAUAUAGUGAUGCCAAAGAAUACCAAGAGGAUGCGUGCAAUAGAUUAGUGCAAUUAAAUAUCGUCGUUGGGGUUGAGUUUAGUCAAUAAAUCUACAAUUUAUUAAAGCUUUUUACAUGUAUCUACGAACUUAAGUUGUACGAUCUGUGUUGUUUAGAUAGAAAUUCAAGGAAGUGGAGAAAUCACAAGACGAUCGUAACUCGAUGCGGGCAAGGGGAUAGUCUCUGUUGUCAUGAAAGAGAAUCGGUUUAUCGACCCUCUACCUGUAUUAUGGCUCGUGAUUGGAAUGUUCUCUAAA